AUGAUGAACUAUUCGGGUCAUCCAUUCCACUCUCAGCAGCCGCAGCAGCCUCAACCACAACCGCAUCAAGCUCAGCCGCAACAUCCGUUGGGUCCGCAGCCUCCACGCCAUGGUCAAUCGCCAUUGAUGGGCACUGGCCCGACGCUUCCGCAGCACGGUAGUCCUUUCCCGGGUACCAAGCCCGUUUUUCAAAGGCAAACUCAGCAAAAUUUUACUGCGUCGCAGUCGCCGGAUUUGCGUAAGAUGACCCCGACAUCGGGCUCACUGGGUGGGUACCCCGCCAGCAGCGGGUUCGCUCAAUUUCCAGGCCAGUAUGCGCCGCAAAGCUCCCCGGAUUUGAUGUCUCGUAACCCGGAUCCCAUGGCGUUGCAGAAUCUUCAACGUGGCUUUAACCCGAUGGCGCAUAUUCGCCCUCAAACGGGAAUUAGCCCUUCCGGAAUAGCCCAUGGCCAUCCCAUGAAUGUUCCCUCUCCACAGCAGACGAUGAACAGGCUUCCUCACGCUGGUAUACACCAGCAGCGAGAGAGCCAUUCCUCCGCCAGCCCGUCCAUGGCGACUCCCUCGAUUUUUGCUAUGCAACAACAACGACAGAACCCGUCUCAGUCCCAACCGCAGUCACCUCAACAGACAAACCAGCAACUGCACCAACUUCAGCAGCAGCAGUUUCAGCAGCAAAGGUUGGAACAACAAAAGCAGAUGCAGCACCGUCUGGAACAUCAACGGAUGGAGCAGCAGCAGCAGCAGAUGAUGGAACAGCAGCGACAAAUAAAACAGCAGGAAUUUGAACGGGAUCAUCGCCUCCAGCAGAGGGUUGCGCAAUACCAACAGGAGCAGCAACACCAGCAGAUGCUCGAGAAACAGCGGAUAGAGCAGCGGACGCAGAAGGAGCGCGAGGAGCUGUUACAAAAACAAAAGGCCGAUGAAGAAGCUCGACGUCGAGAGCAGGAAGAGGCGCGAAUAAAGCAGGAGGGGUUGGAAAGGGAGCAGCGGGAACAACAGAGGCAUCUUGAGCAGCAGCGGAGACGUCAAGAGGCGGAGGAUAUAGUAAGAUAUCAGAAGGAGCAGCAAGAGGAGCAAGAACGACAACAGCGGCAACAACAGCAGCAACAUUUGGAACAGCAGAGAUUGCAGAAGUUGCAGCAACAGACCCAAGCCCAAGCCCAGAACCCAUAUCAACAACAAUCGCCAUUCGCUCAACACUCCCAACCUCCGUUCCACCCAUCUCAAUAUCAACCGCAACACUUCGCCCAGCAUCAGACACAGUUCGCUCAACCGCCAACUCAGUUCCAACCAUCUCCACACCAAGCUCAGUUCCACCAGUACCAACCACCAUCGCAUCCAGCCAGUGUUGCAACAUCGCAGACAGCUUUGCCGACGGUCCCUGCGGCAGAGGAGAGUCCGUUCAUGAACCAUGAGACAAGUCCUGCCGCGCCUAAGAAGAAGACUAAACCUAAAAAGUCGGCUUCUGCUCUGCCCGAACCGGCUCAGGUGGCUCAGCCUCCUCAACCGCAACCCCAUAUCUCUGCUAAUAUCUCUUCUGCAAUUCCCACUAUCCCUCCAACUCUCCCCAAUGGACAAGGACAGAUUCCUUCAGUGCCAGCAGGUGGUGAUAUUGCCGCUCCACCUGCGAAGCGUCGUCGUGGUCGACCGCGCAAAGAAGAGGUAGCCGCCAGGGCUGCCGCGGCGGCUGCAGCAGCAGCCCAAAAUGGAGAGCCAAUUCCUGGAAUGAACCAGCCAGGACAAGCCUCUUUCACCUCAAAUAUGACACCCACCGCCCCGGGUGCUCCAGCGCCAGGCAAACCUGCGACUAUUAUUGGGCCAGAUGGGACUCCAUUGAAGCGGAAACGAGGACGUCCCCGCAAGGCCGACCAGAUUGCGUGGGCUGCUGCAACUGGUCAACCUUUGCCGCCGCCUAAACCGAGGAAGCCAUCUUCGGCAAAGCCAAAGCCACCUGGCACUGGUCGGCCUCGUGGAAGACCUCGUAAAGCCGACGUGGCGGCGGCGGCGGCGGCUGCUGCUGCUGCUGCCGCUGCAGCUGCCAAUGGGGAUCAGACACAGACUGAUGGCCAAGGUCAAUUUGAUGAGAACGCCGACACAACUACCAUGCAAAAGCAUGCAGCCCCUGCAGUGGAUGAUGACCUGCGCAAACGCCCGGCUCCGAGUCCCUCCCAAAUGCAUCAAGGUCAGGCUUUGCCGCAGCAGCAGACUCACAUGUUUCAACAGAGUCAGCCAGGCCAGCAUCUUGGCCAGCCGCAAGUCCAACACAUGCAUCAACAGGCUCAGCAUCUUUCUCCUCAGCCUCCGCACCUUCCCAAUGGCUUGUCUCAACAACCGGGUCCGUCAUUGUCAAUGCCGCAACAUAUUCAGAUGCAUCACCAAUCUCCUAUUCACCCUCCUCGGCCUCUCCCGCAUCAACAGCCCUACAUGCAAUCUCCCAUGCAGCAACAAAUGCAACACCCUGUACAAGCUCAGUCCCCCGUCCACGGAAUGCCGGGACAGCAGCAGCGCCGAGCACCAAUCCCACCACGCAGCCAGGCACCCCCUCCCCCUGCUCCCCAACACGAGCACCAGCAUACUUUCCAAAUCCAAAUGCAACCGCAGCCAACCUAG